AGGGACAAAGCAACAGAAGAGCAGAGAGGGCGCAGAUCAGACGUCAACCGACCCUUUGGAGUAACAACAAAGUUGUCUCUUGUCUCCUCUCUCCGCCUCCUGCCCUAUUCCACUUUCUUCUGCUAGAUCUACCCUCUUCACCGGACCGAAAUGUCGGCGGCCUUCAGCACGCUCGAGGAUUCACCCAUGUUCCAGAAACAGGUGCGAUCUCUGGAGCAGACGGCGGAUGACCUAAGAGAUCGAUGCCAGAAGCUGUGCAAGAGUUGUAAGAAAUACACGGAAGUGCUUGGGGAAGCAUGCAAUGGUGACAAGGUGUUUGUGGCUUCAUUAGAGGCCUUUGGUGGUGGCCUUGAUGAUCUUCUUGGCGUCUCGAUUGGAGGUCCUGUGCUAUCUAAAUUUAUAAAUGUAUUGAACGAGCUAGUCACAUACAAGGAAUUUCUCCGUUCUCAGGUUGAACACGUUCUUGUGGAUCGUUUGUCUCAGUUUUUGUCUGUUGAUUUGCAAGAAGCAAAGGAAUCCCGUCGGCGUUUUGACAAGGCCAUAUAUGCAUAUGAUCAGGCACGAGAAAAGUUUGCUUCUCUAAAGAAGACAACACGGGAGGACAUUGUUGCUGAAUUAGAAGAAGAUUUACAUAAUUCAAAGUCUGCAUUUGAGAAAAGCCGCUUCAAUUUGGUAAAUGCUCUCAUGAAUAUUGAAUCAAAAAAGAAAUUCGAGUUCAUGGAAUCUUUUAGUGCACUUAUGGAUGCCAACUUGCGUUAUUUUAAACUGGGGUAUGAGCUAUUAAAGCAAAUGGAGCCUUUUAUUCAUCAGGUCUUGACAUUUGCACAACAAUCAAAGGAGCAGGCAAAUAUAGAACAAGAUAAACUUGCAAAAAGGAUCCAAGAAUACAGGACGCAAUCACAGCUGACACAGUUGCAGGCAUCUAAUAGAUUGGAAGCAUCAUCAAAUGCUAUUGCCUUGAAGGGAUAUGGCAUGAAUGCUUAUAAAACAAUGGAGGACAUUAUGCUGGCCACUGCAAAAGGCGAGGUCCAGACCAUCAAACAGGGUUACCUUUUGAAAAGAUCUACCAGCCUGAGAGCAGAUUGGAAAAGGAGAUUCUUUGUACUUGACAGUCAUGGGACUUUAUAUUAUUACAGAGAUAAAGGUUCAAAACCGAUGGGCUCAACAUUUCAGUCUUCUCACUCAGUGGAGCAUAAUCAUCGUGUAUUUGGUAGAUUUCGGUCAAGGCUACAUCGUGAAGCAUCACUUGGGGGUGAAGAUAAUUUGGGCUGUAGCACUGUUGAUCUACGCACGUCAACAAUUAAGAUUGAUGCUGAGGAUACUGAUUUGCGACUAUGCUUCAGAAUAAUUUCACCAUUAAAAACUUAUACAUUGCAGGCUGAAACUGAAGCUGAUAGAAUUGACUGGAUGAACAAAAUUACAGGAGUUAUUACAUCCCUCUUGAAUUCCCAUCUGCACCAGUUAGACUUUGGCAAAAGUGAUUCUGAUAGAAAUUAUGAUUCUCAUGGGGCAUCUUUAAGACGACCGCUCGAUUACAAUGAAAGUUCAACGGAUGAUAUCCGAGUCAGACCUGAAUCUGUUUCCAAGAUUUUGAGAGAAGUUCCUGGGAAUGACCAAUGUGCUGAAUGCUGUGCCCCUGAUCCUGAUUGGGCAUCUCUGAAUCUUGGCGUCUUAAUGUGCAUUGAGUGCUCAGGCAUUCACCGUAAUCUUGGUGUUCACAUAUCCAAGGUCAGGUCACUCAACUUGGAUGUGAGAGUUUGGGAGCCUGUGGUGUUAGACUUGUUUCGAGCUCUGGGCAAUUCCUACUGCAAUUCUGUCUGGGAAGAGUUGCUUCUACUAAAUAAAGACUCAAAAAUUGAGUUUGAUGGCUCAUCCAUUGCCAAACCGAGCCCUAAGGAUGGAAUUCAUGAAAAAGAAAAGUUCAUUCAAGCAAAGUAUGCCAGAAAACUGCUUGUAAAUAAAGAAGCCACAGCACUCCGGGAUGAAUCCAUUUCUACCAUCUGGAAGGCAGUUAGAUCUAACAAUCUGCAGGAAGUAUAUCGAAUCGUCGUAACAUCAGAUGCGAACCUAGUCAACUCAACCUAUGAUGGAAUAAGCAAUUGUAGUCUGUGUGAUAUUGAAAGGGAAUCUCAACAAAAUGUUAAUGACGACCAAGAGGAAAAGCUUGAUCAGACAAGCUGUGAGACAGGCAGAUCUUCCUGCGAUCCAGGAAAAUGUUUGCGGGGCUGUUCCUUAUUACAUUUGGCUUGCCAAAAAGGAGAUAUGGUGAUGCUGGAGCUGUUGUUGCAAUUGGGUGCUGAUAUAAACAAACGCGACUUUCAUGGCAGAACUCCUCUUCAACAUUGCAUCUUGAAAGAAAACAAUGAGAUAGCCAAGUUUUUGCUUAGAAGAGGUGCAUGGGCUUCGAUAAGGGAUGCUGGGGGACUUACUGCUUUAGAAAGGGCCAUGGAGAUGGGCGCAAUUACUGAUGAGGAGCUAUUCAUAUUGCUUUCAGAGAGCUGAUCUGAUUGAAUGGAAUGCAAAUUUCAUUAAUGUGAGUUUCUUUCUCCACCCAUCCCCUUAUUUUCUUGCACUGCUCAAUCCCAAUUCAUAUUGCUUUCAAUACAUAUAUGCUUUGUACUCAUUCUGUUGGUGAUUAUUUAUUUUAAAAAUUAUUUUUAGAGAGGUUUACAGAAAGCAUGAAACGUUAUCUGAUCACAAUUGCUUGUUACUUCUGGGAUUUGGGAAUCAUAAAGCAUACAUAUAUUUCUAAUGGA